AUGGCAUCGACUGCACCUUCUCGUGGUCGAAUGAAGAGGGUGCCUGUCAAGAGAUCUGUGGAUGAAAAUGAUAGCACUACUGAUGACAUGACCAUAGAAAAAGAGUCUUCCAACCCUGACUUAAAAAGAGCUCGCAAAGAACCUCAUAACAAUCUUUCCAUGGAUGACAUUCACUCGGACACUCGGUUGUCCGAGAUGGAACCCAGUCAACAACAUCAGAUAACUGAUAAUGAUGCUUUGGGAACAAUCGAACGAGUGGAAUUGGUCAACUUCAUGUGCCAUUCCUAUCUACAGGUAUCGCUAGGCUCAAAAAUCAACUUCAUUGUUGGUCACAAUGGAAGUGGAAAGUCUGCUAUUCUCACAGCACUUACAGUUUGUCUUGGUGGUAAAGCUGGUUUUACCAAUAGAGGAAAUAAUCUUAAAGCGCUCAUCAAAACCGGCGAAGACGUUGCAUCGGUUACAGUCAAGAUUAGAAACAAAGGUCCUGAUGCUUACAAGGCUUCUGUUUACGGAGAUUCCAUCACUGUAGAAAGGAAAAUUGUUCGUGAUGGUCAAAACUCUUACAAAAUUCGUGAUGUUCAUGGUCAUACUGUUUCUACUUCGCAUGGAGAUCUCAUGUCUAUUAAUGAUCACAUGCAGAUUGUUGUUGAUAAUCCCAUGGCUAUUCUCACUCAGGAUACUGCGCGUAUGUUUCUUGCAAAUAGCUCCAGUCACGACAAAUAUCUGUUCUUUUUGAAAGGAACACAGCUUGAGAAACUUACGGCUGAUUAUGUUCUGAUUGAUGAGUAUAUUGAAAGUGCUACUCGAACCCUGUGUAACAAGGUUCAAGCAGUUCCUGAAAUGAAGGAAGAUGUUGAGCGACUUCGGAGACAACUGCGCGAAAUUGACGAGGCUGCCAAAAUUGAAGAAGAAUUUCAUCAAUACAAUGCAGAAUAUAUCUGGUCAAAAAUUGAGGAGCAGGAGCAGAGAAUUCGCGAUCAAGCCCAACUGGUCGAACAAGAACAGCAAAAACUAGCCAUUGUAGAGCCUAAAAUUAUCCAAUGCGAAGUUGAUUUGUCCACAGCUCAAACUAAUGCUCAAACUCUUUCUACGCAGCUUUCAGACGCACUUGGUGAAAAAACAGCACUGGACACAUCUCGUAAAAAUCACACAAUACAAAUCAAAUCAAGCCGGCAAGUUAUGAGGCAGUUGAGCGCAUCCAUGAGUGAACUAGAUCGAGAGGCGGCAUUGCGCCAAUCAAAUAUUCAGCGAUUACAGGGACAUAUAGAUGCAGAGCAAAAGAAAGUUCAGGUUGACCAAGCGGCAAUCCGAGAUGACAAACUGGAGAAAAUCAAGAGUCUUGGAGCCUCCAGAUCUGAUUCAGAAAAAACCCGUCGCAAUACUCUUCAACUUCGUGAUGAUAUUGAAGCACGCUUAAACAAACUCAAGACUGAGCAGGGAGAGAUUCAAGAGUAUGUUAAUGACAAGAUGGAUGCUUUGGCUCGAUCUGAAGAUCGAUUAAAACAACUGCAUGACCAGAAAGUCAACAAAUUGCGGAUGUUUGGUGAACGCAUGCCUGAAAUUGUUCGUAUGAUAAAUGAGUAUGAUAGAAACGGUCGCUGGCGCGGGAAAAAACCUAUUGGUCCUUUGGGUAUGUAUGUUCAGUUGGAGCGUGAAGAAUUCAGUUAUGUGGUCGAGUCGCUUUUAAGUAGUAGUCUAAGUGCCAUGGUUGUGGAUAACCACGAUGAUAUGCGGUUAAUGCAAGACAUUGCAAAAAAAUGCGGAUUCCCACAUAUGACCGUUUUCAAAUGCAGCGCCAAAAGUGUAAAUUUUCAAAGUGGCGAACCUGAUCAAAAUCUACUGACUGUGUAUCGGUCCAUCAAAGUAAGCGAUCCAACUGUCCUAGGUCAGCUUGUCAUCAAUAACAGCAUUGAAAAAACAGCUUUAGUUUGCACUCGCAAUGAAGGGGACGAGCUUGCCAAAAACGGAUACCCACGCAAUGUAAAUCUGAUUGCUACUCAAGAUGGCUACACAAUGGGCAAUCAAUUUGGAGGGUACUCUGCAAGCAGACUAUUUCGUCCCCCCAAUACUCCACAUCUUGCAAAAAAUCUAGAUGCAUUAGAAAGCAAUCUACUUGAUGAGAUCAACCGUCAUACUCAGAGUCUUGACAAGGCAAAAUCUGAUUUGCAAACAAAAGAACGUCAAUUUAAAGAUGCAAGCACACAGCGCAAUCAUCUUCGUUCAGAAAUAGCUAAACUUGAUCAGCGUAUUGGACAGCUUUCAAGAGAUAUUACAGAGAUUGAAGAUAGUAUGCGAGAGGAUGAUUCCAUCAACAUCAAUGUUUUUGAAGAUGAGAAACGCGAAGAACAGGCACGACUCGACAUUCUUCUUCAGCAGUAUGACGGAAUUGUAGAGCAAAUCAAUGCUCAAAAAGAAAUUGCCAGCCAACAAACAGCUAGUUUACAAACUCUUGACGAUCAGAUAAGUGAGAUUGAAAGUCGUGUGUCAAUGCUGACUAAUGAGGUGGAUACUAUUUCGACUCAGCUUGCACAUCAGAAAAAAAACUUGGACUAUUAUGUUGGAAAGCGAGCUGAAUAUAUCCGUCGUGUAGAUGUACAGGAACAGCUACAUAUUCGUCUUCAAACCGCCUUGGAUCUCAACCUUGCCAAAUGUCAAGAGAUUGGUGACAGGGUUCCUGUCACACAUGAUGUGGAGUACCUUUGUAACAAAAUUCGAGACCUUCGUGCUCGCCUGGAAGAGAAAGAAAAGCAGUUUGGAAGUCGUGAAAAGGUUUGCAACGAGUUAUUGAUCAAACAAAAGUCGUAUGACGACGCUACAAGAGAAAUCAAAGAAUCGGACAGGUUUUUAAAAUUCCUUAGCAAAAGUCUCGCACAACGCAAUUCUGCCUAUGAGGAUUUUAAAAAGUACAUAUCCAUCAGAGCAAAACGAAUGUUUUCAGAGUUGAUCCGAAAACGAGGAUUUAGGGGAACAUUAAAGCUAGAUCACCAAGCGCGCGAGCUGAAUCUUCAUGUGGAUGUAGGAGAUGCUGAAAAAUCAGGACAAUCAAUUGACCCAGUCAAUGAUCGAGAUCCUAAAGCACUUUCUGGUGGAGAAAAGAGUUUUGCAACAGUGUGUUUGCUGCUGGCAUUGUGGGAGUCCAUGGCGAGUCCAUUCCGAGCGUUGGAUGAGUUUGACGUGUUCAUGGAUGCAGUAAAUCGACGUCUUGCGAUGAAGUUGAUGGUUGAUAAUGCCAGAGAUGCAGAGUCUCAAUCGCAGUAUAUUCUGAUUACACCGCAGAAUAUGAGCCAUGUUCAGGGAAUUGGAGGUCCAGAUGUGCGAGUAUCGCGACUAGUGGAUCCAGAACGAAACCAGCCUCGACUUUCUUUUGGAAAAAGUUCAAAUUGAGUGUUGGUGUGAUUGGCAAUAAAACUGCAAAUUUCAAACUUG